GUCGCAGAAAACAUCCUAUUUGAGAGAAAAUAUAUGUAGCCUAAAUUGCGGUAAACAGAAGAUUGGCCUUUAGGUUGAUAGCAGAAAAUGAUUAGGUAAAUAUCUGUGGUUUUUUCUUUCUGGAAAUACUAUUUUUUUGUUUGUUGUUACCCGAAAUGAAUAAGGAAAUAAAGCGAAUUACGAACAAUGUAAUAACACCAACCCGACUGCUAAAAAAUAGUCCGUGCUAUCUUCAGUAAUGGAAUGUCGUCUAAUUUUUCUAAACUACUUCCUUUUUUUUUUGUUUAAAAAUAAACGUUAUAAUCCAGAACAGUACAAAAACUAUAUAAAAUCGCACGAUGUAUAGCCUCUGAUAAAUUGAAUUUUCUUAUGAAAUAUAAAUAAACUGCUAACUCCUUAAAAACGGGUAAUGCAUUUAAUCUUAAAAAAAUUGUUGCCUUUUGAAAAUUUAGGAAAAUAUUUUACAAUAUUAAUAUAUAUAUAUACUUUACUAUAUAAUUCUUAACGAGACGCACUCCUAUCUCCCUUUUUGGAAGCGAUUGUAUACUUGUUGAAUAUAAUUCUAGCGAAUAUUUUGUAGUAUAUCGUGAAAUCUCGGCUUUUCUUUUGGUCCAUUUACUCGACUAUCUUUUCUAUGCCUUCGCUUCAAACUCGCCAUCUCCUUAAUUAAGUUCGCAAACCACACACAUCUCAUUGAUUUCAUGUCAAAGCAUUUUCCCGCGUAAGCCUGUCGCUUGUGAAAUUUUUUCAUUAUUGCCACAUUGUGCUGAGAUCAUUUUUAUUUACUGCCUAUUCAGACCGACAUUAUUUUGUUUUUUCUUGAGUGAUGUCUUUAUCAGUAUGGUUCUUGCUCAUACGUGAGGCGCGGCACAUAAAAAUGAAUCAGUGCAAAAUCGUUGUCGGUACAAGAGCAAUAAUCAGAAGCCAACCGUGCUGCGCAGUGAAGUUUGUGUUUGGCAAAGGGAUCUGUGAAAUUCGCUGCGCUAUAGGCAGGGAUCUUCCAUUUGUUGCGUAUUCGCCUUGACAGAAAAGAGAGCGUUGCCCAGGGAGUUCUCAUGAUUUGUCUUGCCGGUUAUUGUCAUCGCUUGGAGCUCGUGUUCCAAUUACCCUUUCCCGCACGGGCCAAUGGCGCGAAUACAGCGCCCAACGUUGCUCAAGGUUGUGUCUCUCUGGUUUGUUUGUGUACAAUUUUGCGCGCCUCCUCGCCCAUCGUUCAUGUUCUUUCCAAGAUGGCCGCUCCUGAUGGCACCAAUCCGACCAAUAAGGUGACUCCUUCGAAGGCCACGUGACUCAACAUUGACCAAUAGCUAGCCUCCCAUUUAGUUUACACUCUCUAUUUUCGUGAUGAGUACCAUAAGUGUUCAUGCCGAACCGACUACCAAAAUAACAACAACAACAACAAUUUAAUAAACUAUUUCAACCCACGCAGUCUAACUUCGUCCCUUAGCGACUAGGAAUCACCACUACUAAACACCACAUUGUACUUCUUUUUGGUCAACUCCGCAGCUUCGCCAAGCUUCUCCCGUCGUCUAUAGCUGAGAGAGAAGUGGAGCCGGACGACUGUAUGUGGACAACGCGCGAGGAGGUUUGGUUGUACGAGCCGCGGCGGCGGCACGCAAAAACAAACAGACAACCACGAGAGGGUUGGGAGUAGCAGCGACAGGCAGCACAAACAGUCGUUCGUCGCCGUAUGAGCGGCUGCUGUUGCCGAAUCGAAAAUACUCAGCCAAACAACAGCGAGCAGGUGUAAGGCGUAUACGCUUAGGCGCCUCACCCUCACACCAUAAUCGACAGCCGGCUACACACAACAUCGAUGAUACACACGGGCACAAGGCUGUAGCAAACGUAGGCCAGCUCAAUCGACAGAGAACGUACGGUAGUGUGCUGUGUGCUACGAUAGCAGAACAGCGAAGCUGGUAAUGGUGUUGCUGCUGGGGCUGUUGGACUGGCGCUGCUCGUUGCCCCCUGUCUGCGUGUCAUUCGCCGAUACUACUUUUGCUUCUAGCAGCUGAACUGAGUAGGAGAGUGGCUGCCACCGGCCGUACGGUUCUUUCAGUCCGGCCAUAGUAUCGUCGUCCAUUGAAGAGGCAACCAACUAAUUGACUGCAGCUAGCACGGCGCCAGCAGCAGUUGCCGGCAGCUCCCUAUCGUCGCUAGAACUGCCGCGGCUGAUGGUAACCAGGAACAUAUCGGCUACUGCGCGCCAAGCAAGACAGACAAGGAGAGAGCUCUCUACGCACACAACAACUACAGACCCUAAUGUAUAGGGGUAUAAUCCGGAAGAGUACGUACCAGACAGAAGACGAAUCCCCGUAGGCCAUUCUAAUGUUCUAAUUGACGGUACGUCGAGAUGCCUGUUGUUUGCCGUAUAUCUGCGAUGGCAACCUCUUUGUGAGUCGCAUUUUACCUAGCUGCACGAACCGCUGAAGUGUCUGUCUGUCGCUGUUGGCUGGCGGGACAGCCUGCGAAGAAAGAAACAGCCACAUCUCGCGGAUAACAAUGGCUAUCGAGCACGAGUAACGAAUUGGAAAUUAUUUGCGUCAACAGUAAGACAUGCCGUCACAAAUCGCAUCACAUUAAGCGAUAGGAUGUUACAACAGCUCAUAGAAAAAGUAAAGGUAACCGCGUAUUUCACCGGGCUGAGCAGCAGCGAAUAGGUGGCAGGCAGUGCUGUAACGUGUACGUGAUCACCUGCGUUGCUUGUGACACACGCAGGGAACGAAAGUGAAAUAAGUGUUAGAAUCAAGCAAUAACGUGCCGCCGUCUUUUGCGUGCGAAGCAGAGCCAUAACAAGUUAUAUGGGGCGAAGCCAAUGAGUUUCUGUAUCACUGUGACUGUCAGCAGCUCAGCCACGCGCGCCCACCUUCAAAAUACUUCCUUACAUUAUUGUUGCUAUUUGAAAUUAUAACACACUAUAUCAAAGACAACAAAUGCGCAAGCCAGCUGUUUGAACAGGGUCAAAGGAUACUUACCGAUAGGUUUAUCGCCAAAUCUCAACAAUCGUCCUACCGCCUUUAGCGGUUUUCAUCCAUAUCAGCUCCGUACUGACCGCCACCGACCGUCAGUUUUCGUCAUCGUCUCGCCGCCGGUGUGGUUGUUUUUAUUGCGGAUGAACCCGCGCGCGCCGAAGAUCUCUUGCCGUACUGUUCCGAGGAAUCGCCGGUGCUGGGUGAAUGUGCGCGAUUCGACUGUGCAUCGCGGUCCGUGUGUCGCUGUGCUUCUCGUUAGUCCGUCCGAUCGUCAGUCUACGAGUGUCCCACAGUGCGUGAUGGAGUCCGGCUCUGUCGAGUGCGUGGAUGUGUGCGUGUAGCCGUGUGUCGUACGUGGAUGCACAUCUAUGUAUUCCGCAUUUUGACAAGAAGGCAAAACGGAUUGCUUAUUUGAGGAAAUGUUGCCAGCAUAGUUGUCAGUGAUGGUGAUGAUAAAGACAACUCGGAGAUAGGGUCCGAUCGUGGAAACGCUGGGUGACGGCUGCAAGCGGCAGCCAUACCGAUUUGUCCAGUGAAGUUCUCCUUGUUUGUUGAUAUUUCGAGGUUGUGUUGACGUUAUGGUCUGACCGAGUGAAGUUGUGGAAGAAUUGGGCGAACCGAGGAAUUUGUGUCAACUACGGCUGUGGCUAAAAGAAAUUGCGUACCAGCGAGUGUGUACCCCUCUUUCUGCACUUGUGUGCGAAAAAACGGCCGUUCAUCGGACCGUUUGCCUCCCACCGGUGCCCCUAUUAGAGAACGUACGUACGAGUGCCUACGGAUGCUAUACGAUACAGAAAAAAACGGAUUUGAAUUUGCAGUGCAUCGACUUACAACAACAACGACAGCGGUAUAUCACCAAGAACGGCUGCUGGUACCUAGUCGUGGUUGUAUGAAGACGCAAUCGGCCAUUGCUCCGAUUCGGUGUUUUCCCCAUAUCUGACCCGACAUCACAAUGAAUAAGAAAACGAUUGUUGACAACUAUUACUACGGUGUUAGCGGUCUCAGUAAGCAUACAUGAAACUCAUCGCAGCUCAAACUGAUACGCGCACCUUAGAUCCGGAAGGGAACACACCCUUCGGGUUACGUCCGGCUGCUUACAACAGUGUUCAAGCCAACAGCAGAGAGAAGGCUGUCUAUUCGGCAUUAAAGUGACCCUUGCUACAGACCCAAUCAGCGUAAGCGCCGAGUCGAAGUUGUCAACACAAUCCCAGUCUCAAUCUAAUCGCCAAAAAUACAACUACAGCAAAAUCUGACCCACCCAGGUAAUCUACAAAUUAUUGCUUUACUUGUGUGUUCCUGAAACAGUCUUCUUCAAAGAACAUCCAAGAAUUAACCGCCUCAUCCGCCGUUUGUCUGGUGAAGAUUUCGUCAAGGUUACCUUUCUUUUCGUCGGCCUACAGCUUGAUUUGUCCUUCUCUUUGCGACGAGGUGACCUUCAAUCCGUCAUCCUGCCCCCCGCGGCCCACGAAGCGGCUGCCAAAGCCGGUAGCGGGGCCGAAGGUGAAGCCGCAGAGGCCGCAAGUGCUAUCAUCGGCAUAGCCAGCAGCGCUAGUUCUUGCAGUGUCAGGCGAAAAGCGUUUAGUAGUUGCGUCGCCAACAUUAACGGAAUUGGCCAAGAUCUUGGCCUGGGUGCGGGGUUGGGGCUGACAGAUUUCACUGGAAGUUGCGCGGCUCUGAACGAUCCGCCCUCACCACGCUGCUCUAUGAUGCUUAUGAUGGACCUCUACGAGGAGUCGUGCCUCCAACUGCACGAAAUGAUUGAAAGCGACAUAAUGGCUUCGUCCGAGCUAGACUGUGGCGGAAACGCUGAGCUCGGCUCGCCACAUCUUCCGCCCCUCGAAGGCAUGGGAGCACUGGACAGUCUGGACCCAUCAUGGCUGAGCGACUCACAGGGUCCCCUCAACAGCAACGACCUCGACAGUCUCGACGUGGGGCUCAUGGUCAACCCACAGACGGGUCUACCAUCACUAUGUUCCGGAGGCACGUCCUCCAUAAACUUGAGCUCAAGCGGAGUCUCUUCCAGUGGGGCGACCGCGUCGCCCUUAACGACGAGCACCACCACCACAGCGUCGGCGGCCACAACUAAGAAAAAUGGCGGGGCAUUCACGCUACUUGGAUCUGGCGGUACUAGCAGCAGUGGCACAAGUUCCAAUGUAACAAAUUCUACCUCGGCAGGUUCUACAACUGGGUCUGCGACGGUAACCAACGGAAUUCUAAAUCAUUCGACAGGAACGGCCACAAGUAAAGGCUUGACAACGACUGUCGCUAGCAGCGGCGGGAUGCAACAUCAGUCUGCGCAAAAUCACCACAACAACUCACACCCGCAUCAUCACCAUCAACAGCCAACGACGCCAAUUGGAGUCGGUAACUCAACGUCAGCUGCCACUCCAGUUGGAGCGGUCGUCGCCGGCGGGGUUGGGGGUUCGGGGGGUGUCGUGGUUAGUUCGACACCACAGCCCCUCACUGCAUCCAAUGUCCAGGCGCUGUUAGGACAGCAACAACAGGCCAAUAAUGUAAGCCAGAUCUCACUAUCACAGCCAGCGGCGAAGAAGGGUCGGCUGACGGUCACUGCCGAUGAGGCCGCCGGUUUGAUAAACGGAACUACUGCCAAUGGAGGCUUGGGAAGUGUCGUCCUAACAGCGAAUGUGCUCGGGGGCACAACGGCGCUGGGCGCCGGGGCAGGUGGUGGUCCAGGCGCCCCAGGCGCGGGUUCGCACAAAGUCUUUCCCAAACCAGCCUACUCAUAUUCAUGCUUGAUUGCUAUGGCGCUCAAAAACUCGAAGACGGGCUCGCUCCCGGUAAACGAAAUAUACAACUUUAUGAUUGAGAACUUUCCUUAUUUUAAGACGGCCCCUAAUGGCUGGAAAAAUAGCGUACGGCACAAUCUAUCGCUGAACAAAUGCUUUGAGAAGAUCGAGAAGCCCACUACAGGGCCAAAUGGAACCCAACGAAAAGGCUGUCUUUGGGCCAUGAAUCCUUCAAAGGUGGGCAAGAUGGACGAGGAAGUUCAAAAAUGGAGUAAGAAGGACCCCGCCGCCAUUCGACGGUCCAUGGCAAAGCCUGAACGCCUCGAACUUCUUGAGAAGGGCUUCCUUAAGGAGCUAUACGGAUCAAGCGGUGAAGCAGGCUGCACUGAUAGCCUUGAUGAUCUCGAAGACUUAGAAGAUGAAAUGGAAGAUGCUGGCGGACACUCAUCUGCCGAUGAAGACAUUGACACGUUGUUACCCGAUACACCGCCCACCUCUCAGGAUGAAGAGGCAGGUUCCGUCAAGGUCAAACUUAUCGACAGUUCCGCAUUGGAAAAGUUUGAGAGCAGUCCAUGGGAUACUUGGGAAACGCUGCAGCCCCAGGACGAAAACAAGCCGACACCAAACAAAAUUCAGACGGUCCAAACGUCCACGCAACUGAUUCAGGCUGCCGUCAGCAGCGGAGUCAGCGUAGCGACAAGUGGAAGCGGCCAAACGGUGACCCUUAGCACGUCCGGCAGUCCCAUCGUGCACCCACAGCAGCAGCACUCAACUUCGAUAGCGACAGGGGGUAGCAGUACCUCCACAACGACAACAACCCUAACUACUAAGAAGCUCGUACUAACCGCGGGCGGCGUCGCUCGCCGGGCGGUCGUCAAUGCCGAAGGCGGCACUCUCUGUGCUACCGGGACUCCGAACACCUAUAUCUUCACGCCGUCAUCACAUUCAACCACUGCGACCACGUUGCACCAUAGUACGAAUGCGCACAAAAAUACAUCGCCUAGAGUGAGCCUUAAACGAAGCAACAACAAAAUUAUCGAAAUUUGAAUCUGAUCGCAAUAAUGGAUAUUAUUAUUAUUACCACAAGGUGAACAUCAAUUGAAGACGAGAUGCAGAGCUGACGACAAUGCUGGUGAUAAUAAUGAAAAUAAUAAGGAUAAUGAUGAAAAGAAUGAAGAUGCUAUAAAACUUAUAUAAUAGUAUAUCUCCUGUGGCGUAGAAAACAAAAAAAAGGACGUAUCCGUUGAUCAUAGUAACAGAUAACUAAAAAAUUUACAGCUGUGUAGCAAGAGUAUGUAGAAUCUCAACAUUGUGACCAACUGUGGCAACCUGGCGAUAGAUGCAGUUACAACGACCUCUUAAUCUUGCUUACUAUCGAGUGAAAGUCCGUAUAGAUAAAGUGAUGCCGUAUCGCGAGUGCUGUGUCGUAAAUAGAAAAGCAUCAUGCGCGCUCGUUCCAAUCGAUUAGGACAGAACUAGGAAAUUCACUACGUGAAUGGAAUGGACUGCAUGUGUUUUUGGCCUAUUGAAGGCAAAGUAAGACGAAACAUGAACACAAAGCAAAUCAACAGACAAACAUGCAUACGAGCACGUAAGCAGUGAAACACGGAUACGUUAGCUAAUCGUCAGGGCACGCAUGACAAACGUCAUAUCUGCCUCAGGGUUGGACGUAUUUUUUCGACGAGUAAAUAUUUCCUUCCAAGGAUCUCCUGCUGCCGCAUCGUGAUCACUAUUACUACGAAUAUGAUGACAAUGCAGCCUGUAGUGGUUGUCGAUGAAGAAUAAUAUGGAAUGCGUGCGCAAGGUCCCUGGAUGUAUGAUAACUAGUAUAUAGUAUAUACGGCCUGUGUAGAAAAUACCGUGAACAAUGUAGAAUCAAAUACGGGGGUGAUGCAGGGGUAUACAUUUUGUAGAAGGACAGUUUGCAGAACCUUAAAGCAUGUGAUGCAGAUGAACAAGGACAACAUGAAUGAGUUGAGAGACGAAUGAGGUUUGCGUGUAAUGGGCCCAUAGAAAUAGAUCUGCAUCAAAAACGGACGGAAGAUCAACAAGGACCAAAUAAUUUAGCUGAGCUGACGCUUCCGCUAUUCGCCUCUGUGGGAUGAUAAUAAUAAUAAUGGAAAGACUAAGAGGGGGUUGCGAGAUAAGCAAGUUCUGUAUAACGUUGCGGAUCCCAAGAAAGAACUAUGGCCUGAAGGAAAUGGGCGGUCAAGUGAACAUGAUGCUGAUGCUAGCAUUGGCUGAGUUUGUCUUGUAUCAUUUGUGUAUGCAUGUACAAGCCUUGUAAAUAAAUCUUUAUUAUAUUUCAA